GUUUGACUAAUAAAAAAGAGAAUCUUAGCUGUGUGUUGUUGUGUGCAAGAAUGGACCACUUGGCCAGCUGUUAUUUACAUCAAUUAUUUUAAGUUAUCUGCACAGUGUUAUCCAUAACUACAAUACAGUGUUAGAUAGAUACACACAAUACAUACAAAAAAAUUAAACAAAGAAUUUCUUUCUUCACCUCACAUCAGUCAAUACAUACUGACCACUAUAUCUAUCUAUAUAUAUAACAACUUUUUUUUUCUUAAUUUUUUUAUUUAGCAGCUCCACUAUAAUAAAGAUAACUAAAAGCACAGUAUUUUCAGCACUCACUCUUCCCUUUUAGAUUUUCCCCCUUUUCCUUAAAUUAGGGUUUUAUUUUAUUUUAUUUUAAAUUAGGUAUAAAUUUGGCCUAAACAACUGGUUCUUCAAUUCUCAUGAAUUAUUUGUCUCUUGCUAUAUAAAUGCUUUUCCCUCUUUUCUUCAAUCAGUCCAGUUUGUAGUUUGCUUUGAGAAAUGGUUUCUAGAUCAUAUUCAAAUCUGAUGGACCUAGCUUCCGGCGAAGCUCAAUCGCCUUCCUUCACCCGCCUGAGCCGGCGAAUCCCCCGUAUUAUGACCGUCGCCGGAAUUAUCUCCGACUCCGACGACGGCUACUCCUCCUCCUCCUCCUCCGCCGCCCAACGCGACAGAAUCAUAAUCGUCGCUAACCAGCUCCCAAUCAAAGCCCACCGCAAAACCGACGGCGGCGGCGGCGGCGGCGGCGGAUGGACUUUCACCUGGGAUGAGGACUCAAUCCUCCUCCAGCUAAAAGACGGAUUAGCCCCCGACGAAAUCGACUUCAUCUACGUCGGCUGUCUGAAGGAAGACAUCCACCCAAACGACCAAGACGAGGUUUCUCAGAUACUCCUCGAAUCUUUCAAAUGCGUCCCUACUUUUCUGCCGCCCGAUCUAUUCAGCCGCUACUAUCACGGCUUCUGCAAGCAGCAGCUGUGGCCGCUCUUCCACUACAUGCUGCCGUUGUCGCCGGACCUAGGCGGCAGAUUCAACCGCUCUCUGUGGCAGGCGUACGUCUCCGUGAACAAGAUCUUCGCCGACAGGAUAAUGGAAGUAAUCAACCCCGAAGAAGAUUUUGUGUGGGUCCACGAUUACCAUCUAAUGGUGCUCCCCACUUUCUUGAGGAAGCGAUUCAACCGUGUAAAGCUCGGGUUUUUCCUCCACAGCCCUUUCCCAUCUUCGGAGAUUUACAAGACUUUGCCGAUAAGGGAGGAGCUUCUUCGAGCCAUGCUCAACUCCGAUUUGAUCGGUUUCCACACGUUCGACUACGCUAGGCAUUUUCUGUCGUGCUGUAGUCGAAUGCUGGGUAUAUCUUACGAGUCGAAAAGGGGUUACAUAGGGUUAGAAUAUUACGGUAGAACCGUAAGUAUCAAGAUUCUUCCGGUCGGGAUUCAUAUGGGCCAGCUUCAAUCGGUUUUAAGCCUACCCGAAACAGAAUCUAAAGUGGCGGAGCUUAUAAACCAAUUUAAGGGUAAGACGAUGUUGCUCGGUGUAGAUGAUAUGGAUAUAUUCAAAGGGAUUAGUUUGAAGCUAUUAGCGAUGGAGCAACUCUUGUCACAAAACCCGGAGAAAAAGGGUAAAGUCGUCUUAGUCCAAAUUGCAAACCCCGCACGAGGCAAAGGAAAAGACGUGAAGGAAGUUCAGGACGAGACUUUCUUAACGGUUAAACGAAUAAACGAGAAAUUCGGUGAACCGGGGUAUGAUCCGAUCAUAUUAAUUGAUAAACCGUUGAAGUUUUACGAGAGGGUUGCUUAUUACGUAGUGGCCGAAUGUUGUUUAGUUACUGCAGUUAGAGAUGGAAUGAAUCUUAUACCGUACGAGUACAUUAUCAGCCGACAAGGUAACGAGAAAUUGGACAAAGUUUUAGGGCUGGAAAAUUCGGCACCGAAAAAGAGCAUGUUAGUUUUAUCCGAAUUCAUCGGGUGCUCCCCUUCUCUAAGCGGGGCAAUCCGGGUCAACCCGUGGAAUAUCGAUGUAGUGGCUGAGGCAAUGGACUCUGCAAUUAUAAUGGCGGGCCCCGAAAAGCAACUAAGGCAUGAAAAACAUUAUAAAUAUGUGAGCACACACGAUGUGGCGUAUUGGGCUCGGAGUUUCUUGCAAGAUUUGGCGAGGACUUGUAAGGAUCAUGUUCGAAGGAGGUGUUGGGGAAUCGGGUUCGGGUUGAGUUUCCGGGUCGUUGCGCUUGACCCGAAUUUCCGAAAGCUGGCUGUGGAGCAUAUAGUUUCGGCUUAUCGAAGAACUACGAAGAGAGCUAUUCUUCUUGAUUAUGAUGGGACUUUGAUGCCUCAGAAUUCGAUUGACAAGAAACCGAGCUCGAAAACCCUUGAUAUUAUCAACACUUUAUCGAGAGAUAAGAAUAAUAUGGUCUUCAUUGUUAGCGGUAGAAGGAGAGAUACGUUAGAUGAAUGGUUUUCGUCUUGUGAGAGGCUUGGUAUUGCGGCUGAGCAUGGCUAUUUUAUGAGGAUGAAGAGAGACGAAGAAUGGGAAACGUGUGUGCCAGCUGUCGAAUGCAAUUGGAAGCAAAUAGCGGAGCCGGUGAUGCAGUUGUACACAGAGACAACCGACGGAUCGGUAAUUGAGUUUAAGGAAACUGCAAUGGGAUGGUGUUACGAAGAUGCGGACCCUGAUUUUGGAUCUUGUCAGGCGAAGGAGCUUCUUGAUCACCUCGAGAGUGUGCUUGCUAAUGAACCUGUCACUGUCAAGAGUGGCCAAAACGGAGUCGAAGUUAAACCUCAGGGGGUGAGCAAGGGUCUUGUGGCAAAACGGCUACUCACUCUAAUGCAAGAGAAGGGAAUAUCGCCCGAUUUCGUACUGUGCAUCGGAGACGACAGGUCAGAUGAAGACAUGUUCGAGGUUAUUUCAAGCUCCAUUGCGGGCCCCACCAUAGCACCUCGUGCAGAAGUGUUUGCAUGCACAGUUGGACGAAAACCGAGCAAGGCUAAAUACUAUCUCGACGACACAGUCGAGAUUGUUAGGUUGAUGCAAGGUUUAGCCUCUGUUGCCGACCAGAUGUUCGUAUAAUAUUUAUAAUAUUAAUCUCUCUGUUAAUUGUAAAUUAUAGACUCAGAAAUGUGUUUUUCCUUUUUUUUUUUUUUUUUUUUUGGGAUAUUUUAAUGCCACGUGGUUGUUUGAUGAACUUAUGGGGUUGAGGUGUAUAUAUAAGAGGUCUUGGUUUAGUUUCUUGCA